AUGAUUAAUUGGCGACAAUUAUACAAUGAAUCACAGGCUAUUCAACCUGAAGAUACGAAUAUUUCAACUGAACGUGUUAAUCGUUUGGUAAAUAUAUAUAAAAAUGAUAUGAUUGAACAAGAUCUUCAUCAAUAUGCUCAACGUUUAUCUAACUUUGUUCGUUGUUGUCGAACAUGUACAUCAAAAAGUUAUGCGACAUAUAAAUGGCUUGAUACAUAUAUAUCAGGAAAUAAAAAUCUUUUUGAUUUUCAUUUAUCAGGACGAUCAGUAUCUGCUUUAGUUUAUUAUUGGAAUAAAACUUUAUUAAAACAAUGUAAUGAACGUGGUCAAUUGUCUGAUUUUAAACAAAAUAAAGAUGGUAUGAAAUUAAUUAUUUUCAUAAGACCUAUCUCCUGGCUUUUUUUAGAUACGUUUUCCAUUCCACUAUUAUCGAAUAUUGAUGAAAAUAUUAGCAUAAGAAAACAUAUUUUAACAUCUCUUCUUCCUAAUUUCAUUAAUCAAUUGAUUACUAGAUUUCAGAUGUAUUAUACAUAUCGAAAAGCUCAAAAUUAUUCUUUAUCCAUUCAAGUUCAUAGUCAACCGAUGAAAUCAUUUCGAUUUCUAUUUCAAACAAAUAUCUCAACAGUAUUUAUAUGUUUUAUAUAUGAUGAUAAUAAUCUUCAUCAAUUAUUUUGGACAUUUCGUCAUUUAAUUACAAUAUUUAAUUGGCCAUUAACAACGAAAAUCUUUUCAAAUCGAUCAUUUCAAACAUGUUCAAUAUUUGAACGAAUAAUGGCGAAUUAUCUUGGUUUUAUUGAUUUAUCUACAUUAAAUCUAAAUCAAACUGAUCUCUUUUGUUAUCUUUAUCGAUGUUUAAAAACAUGUCAUCAAAAUGGACCGAUUAUUUUUCUUUUUGAUUAUUCAACUAUUUUCAAACCAACAUUUUGUGAUUAUUAUUUAAUGUCUUUUCUAUGUGAUUUAAUUCGAUUUGAUUUAUCAAUACCAGAUUUGAUUAUAAUUCCAACUCGUUUAUAUAAAUCAUAUUUAUCAUUUAGUCAACCAUAUUUAUUUAAAGAAUUACUUGAAUCUUUUAUUAAAAAAAUAAAUAUUCAAAAACAAUUUUGUGAAGUGAUAAAAAGUGAACAACAAAAACUUGUUUAUAAAUUUAUUGAUUGUAUCUUUUUACAUCUUGUAUAUGAUACAAAUAAACUCGUUUCAACUGCAAUUGAAUUUCAACAUAUAAUUGCUUGCAUUGAACUAUGUCAAAUACCAAUCAAUAUGUCACCAACAGUAGAAACUAUUUAUAAUACUCUUCAAACUAUUCUGAAAACAUGUCCAUUUAUUAUAACGGACAAUCAUAAAUGGAAUGAAAUAACUCAACAAUAUAUUGAAGAAUAUUAUUUAAAAUUAGAUAAAAAUAAUUCUAAAUCAAAAUUAAUCUCAAUAAUACGAAAAGAAUAUUUUCUGGAUAUUUUAGCAGCAUUAUCAAUUCUAUCAAAAGUUCAACAUAUUGAAAAUAUUUCACGUGUAUUUGAAUUUGACAUAUUUAAUCAAAUAACAUUUCUUCUAUUUACAUUUGGUAAUAAACAAUAUUUAAACAUACGUUCAUGUCAAAAUCUUAAUCAAAUCAUUCAACAAAUAAUUCAACAUUGUCAAUUAAGAAAUUAUAUUUCAACAACUUAUAUUCCACAAAAAUCAAUGCGUUUUCGUGAUACUAUUUUAUCAGAUCAUGAAUGGAGUGAUGAUAAUGAUGAUGUAAUAGAUGGUGAAUUUAUUGAUCAUGAUAAUGAUGAUGACGAUGAUGAUGAUGAUGAUGAUGAUGAUGAUGGAAUUAUCAUAAGUGAUUUAUCAAAUAAUAUUUCCGAAACAAUGAAAUCAUCCUAUCGAAUUAAUUAUCAAGAAUAUUAUUUUCAAAUGAAAUUUUUUGCUAAAUUAUUUGGUUCUUAUAUUGAAGCAAUUGUUUAUAUAUUAAAAUAUCAUAUUGAUAAACAAAUGAAAUCUUUUACAUUAGAACAAUUCAAUUUUAAUCAAUCGUUCUAUUUUCAUGAAACAUCUUAUCUAAUUUCUAAUGAUAUACUUUCAUUUGUACGUCGAGCAUAUGCAUAUCGAUCAAUAGAACAGUUCAAUACAGCCGAUGAAAUACUGAUGCUUUUUGAACCAACAGAUGAUAAUAUAAAUCCAUUAUUAAUAGAUAAUCUUGUAUCACUUCAUGAUGAAUUUGUUAAACUAUUAAAUUGUUGUUGUAUUUAA